AUGUCCCUAAGACAAGUCAGAAAAAUCCUUGAAUCCCAAAAAUCAACAGAAAACUUAGACUCAGAAAACUCUUCAGAAGAAGAAAUCAUGGCCCAGCCUUCAAAUAAAUUCAGCGACUUUGUCAUCAUAUCAUCAAGCGAGUCUGAAGAAAAUGAAUUUGAGUCCAUUGACCAUGAAGAAGAAAAAUUGCCAGUCACAAAAAUAGCAGCCCCAAGGAAAAAAGAAGAAAUUGUGACUGGGGAUGUUGAUUCUCUGCUGGAAGAGCUGAAAACUAUUAAAAGUGUUGAUGAUGCCUUCCAUAUGCAAAGCACAGUAUCUUGUCUGAAGAGACAAGCCAAGCAUUUUGAUCCAAGGCCAGAACUCGCUUUGUUGUUUCCCGAAGAAAACAAAGGCCAGAGGGACUCUCAUGUGACGCAGAGGAAGAUGAUUUUAACCCCUGAUAAGCAAAAUUGGCCGACGAAUAUUAAUUAUCUGCUGGAAAUGGAGAGAUGUCCGGACUCUUCCAGGCAUAUUUUUAAUUUCAAGCCUAGCAAAGGAUAUUCGAAGCUUCAUUCACAAUAUAUGGACAGCUUAAUUGGGAAUGAUUUGAAUGCUGUUAACGAUUUUCUUAACUCCCCCCCCCCCUCCGUGAGUGAACAAAAAAAUUUUGUUCACUCACGGAGGGGGGUUAAUUUUUUGUUUUAAAAAUUUAUAUAUAUAAAUUUUAUAAAAAAUAUUUUUUUUCAAAAUUUAAAAAAAUCCUAAUUCGCAAAAAUUGGAAAGCAAAUAUUAAUUUAAUUUAUAAAAUUUAUGUUUUAAAAAGCAAUUCGUUUAAAUUUAAAUAGAAUUAGCUCUAGAUUUCAUUAUACUAAUUAUCAUUUAUAUAUCAAAUUUUUUUUUCCAUAAAAAAUUUUUCUAUUAAAAAAAUUUUUGUUCACUCACGGAGGGUGGGUUUUUGGGCAAAAAAUGGCGAUUUUUCUAAUGGUUUUUGUUCACUCACGGGGGGGGGAGUAAGACAUAUCCAUUUCAUAUAGAAGGAUUGUACCAGUUGUCAAUCGCUUUACAAAUGAGAGGAAAUUAUAAUGAUCUGGAAAAUUUAUUAGAAAGAAUUUUAUAUAGCUUUCAGCUGAGUUUUCAUCAUCAAUUUUCACCGAUUGGGAAUGGUCUAGAACUUGAUAUCGCAGCAAACACAUAUAACAGAAUUUUCUAUAAGAGUUUAUAUAUGUACGCUGAGUGUCUAGGGAGAAAAGGAUGUGUUAAGGCUGCUUUAGAAUUUGUUAAAUUUAUUUUGUCGCUCAAUCCACAUGAUGACCCUUUAGGAUGCUUACUUUUGAUUGAUUAUUAUUCUAUAAAAGCCAAGAGACUUGAUUACUUUUUGAGGUUCGCAGAUAGUUUUAUGCAGGAAUUUUAUGGUACUGGAAAUUUAUUGAUGAUGCCAAAUAUUUUAUAUAGUUUUGCGCUAUGCAAAGCUCUGAGAGAUAGGUAUUUAGAGAUAACUAGUGAGGAUAUUGAAAGGGCGAAAGCAAUUGGAAAUUUAUCAGAGCUUACUGGAGAAAAUUCAAGUGUGGCUUUAAUUAUUGCAAUAAUAUGCUAUCCAAAUAUAGCGAAAUCACUAUUAAAGAGGCUUGUUCCGUCGUUUGUUCCAACUGAGGAUAAAAGAGAACCGGGGAUUCUGGGCGAUUAUCAAAAAAUCGCAGAUAUUCAUGCAGCCAGAGUUGAAGAAUUAUGGAGACAAGAAUACAUCAUAAAUUGACUUAAAAAUGGGCUGCUAUCUGCCUCAUUUUUAAUAGGAACCAAAGAUGACUUGAUUAGUGAUAGAAACUUCGAAGGGAUCUUUAACCGAUAUAAUUCUCUUGAACUAGCUGAUUUUUCAAAUGUCCCGAGAUUAUAGCGUUUCCACACUUAUGGCUCUAAUAGUCCCGAUGUCUUUCGAGAAGAUCUGAGGGUUGGUUCAUCUAACUCUAAAAAUUGAUAAAUUUGUCUAUAAAACAGGUUUGCCCAUUUGAUGUUGGUUUCAUCAUCAACUUAAGUUGGUAAAACCUAUCUUCGGAUAUCCUCAAUAGACAUCGGGACUAUGGAAGUCCAUAAGAGUUGAGAUACUAUAGUAGCUCCUCCUGAAUUCCAAAUUGGCCGUGAAGAAAACCAUCAAAACGGAAAUUUAGACCCAAAUGCAAAUCCAUUCUACCUAUUUUUCGCUACUUUGCUGCCCUGGAAUUUCGUUAACUUCGCUAAUUAA